AUCCACAUUUAUUACAAUCAUUAUUCUAUACUCUAUUGAUCUUCGCCAAAAACAGAGUAAACCCAAAAUGAGUAACCAACGGAAACAGAGAACCACCGCCAUCAUCUUCCUCUACAUCACCAUCUCCACCGUAUAUUUAAACUCCCGCGACGUAUCCGCCUUGGGAGUAAACUGGGGUACGAUGGCAACUCACCAGCUCCCUCCAAAGACGGUAGUACAGAUGUUGAAAGACAACAACGUUAAAAAAGUGAAGCUUUUCGAUGCCGACACAAACACCAUGGUAGCUCUUGCUGGCUCCGGCAUCGAAGUUAUGGUUGCAAUCCCUAACGAUCAGCUCAAAGCCAUGGGAAGCUAUAACAGAGCUAGAGAUUGGGUUCGAAGAAACAUCACUCGUUUCAACGACGACGUUAAAAUCAAAUACGUCGCCGUUGGGAAUGAGCCCUUUUUAACAGCUUACAAUGGAUCAUUCAUUAACCUAACGUAUCCAGCACUCUUCCACAUCCAAAAAGCAUUAAACGAAGCCGGAGUUGGAGAUUUCAUCAAAGCCACCGUACCUUUAAACGCGGACGUCUACAACUCUCCACCGGAGAAUCCAGUUCCUUCCGCAGGAAGUUUCCGUCAAGACAUCUUUGAAGAGAUGAAACUCAUAGUAAACUUUUUAGCUCAUAACAAAGCUCCCUUCACUGUCAACAUUUACCCUUUCCUAAGUCUUUACCUCAGCAGCGACUUCCCUUUCGACUACGCUUUCUUCAACGGCCAGAACACCGUUAGUGAUAAUGGCGUUAUCUACACAAACGUCUUUGAUGCUAAUUUCGAUACCCUCUUGGCUUCGCUUAGAGCAUUGGGUCAUGGAGACAUGACUGUUAUAGUCGGAGAAGUUGGUUGGCCAACGGAUGGUGACAAGAACGCUAAUAUCCCAAACGCAGAACGGUUCUACUCAGGUCUGCUUCCUAAGCUAGCAGGAAACAGAGGAACACCUAUGCGUCCCGGUUACAUCGAAGUUUAUCUCUUCGGGUUCAUCGAUGAAGAUGCAAAGAGUAUAGCUCCUGGUAACUUUGAACGUCACUGGGGGAUAUUCAAAUACGAUGGCCAACCGAAGUUUCCGGCGGAUUUGUCAGGGGAAGGUCAAAAGAAGAUGUUGAAUGGAGCUCAAAGUGUUCAGUAUUUGCAAAACCAGUGGUGUAUGUUAAACCCUAAUGCCCACACUUUUAGUAACAAUACUAACCAGCUUGGGGAUAAUGUAAACUACGCGUGUACCUUCUCUGACUGCACAGCUUUGGGGUAUGGUACAUCUUGUGGUAAUCUUGAUGAGGUCGGGAACGCUUCCUAUGCGUUCAACAUGUAUUUUCAGGUACAUGAUCAGAAGGCAGAGGCGUGUGACUUUGAGGGACUUGCCAUAAUCACUACCCAUAAUAUUUCUCGAGAACAAUGUAAUUUCCCGAUUCAAAUCGGAGAUCCAACAUCAGGACAUAGUGAUCAUAACCAUAGGUUUGGUUCGAUCAUUGGGGUCGGUCUGGUGAGUAUGUUGGUGCUCGUUAUGGCACUAUGAGCUUUCCGGUUUUGCUUCUAGUUCUUGGUUAGUUUUGGCAUUGUUUAUGCAUUUUUGUAUAUUGCUGGUUCUUGAGUCACCAUCAAAUAAAAAAAGAUUC